GUAUUUGUCAAACUUUUUUAUUGUUACAACUGUUAAUACAUCCAGUCCAUUUUGACAAUAUUUGACAUUUUGACGUGAAAAAAUAUUUUCAGAUUACAACUAAAUUCUAAUUGAAAAUGGAAACAGGUAAAUUAAAGGAUGAUUAUUACGAGUCGCCAAGGCAAUCAAUUAAAAGUAGCUCUCACGCUGUUCCUAAGGGAGAAAAGGCCGAGGGUGUGAAACUCGUACAAGAUUUUUUUGGAUACUAUUAUGGCAAAAACGGUCAAUGUGUUAAAAUAAAAAGAUUCACAUGGACCAAUCACAAUAAAAUUGAAGUACAGGUUAUUAAUUAUGGCGCCAGGAUCGUGUCUAUUAAAUAUCCUGAUAGAAAAGGAGUUAUUGAUGAUAUAGUGUUAGGCUUCGACGAUUUGGCAGGAUAUAUUUUUUACCAGAAAUACCAUUUCGGAGCAACGAUCGGCCGUAUGACAAACGUUGUAAAAAAUUCCCGUUUCAAAAUAGGCGAUAAGGAAUAUCGACUAAAACCGAAUAUGAUUAACGGACACCACAGAGAUGGAGGCACCGAAGGCUUCGAUCAAGUUAUAUGGAAAACGGGCGUACAAGGGAAAAAGGUGUUUAUGACUCAUAUGUGUCCGCACGGACACGAGGGUUAUCCGGGAAAUCUUCUUGUUAGACUCAGUUUCGAACUGUCUACAAUGAACGAAUUCAAAAUUGAUAUUGAGGCUUAUACGACGGAGCCGACCAUAGUGAAUAUAUCGAAUUUGUUAUAUUUAAAUUUGGGAGGUCAUCACACGGGACCUAACAGCAUAUAUAAUCAUAUCGUAACUAUAAAUUGUAAUAGUUAUACUAAACAGGAUAAAGAUGGAUUGUGCAAUGGCGAAAUAUGGAAUGUAGUCCAUUCACCUCUGGAUUUUCAGACACCGAGAACGUUGGGAAAAUGCAUAGGACUUGUACCUAAAGACGGUUUUUAUCAAAAUAUGUGUAUUAACCGAGGGGUGACACAAGAAGACUGUUUCGUAGCGAGGAUUCGUCAUCCGGCUAGUGGUAGAUUCAUAGAAGUUUACAGCAACCAAUUUGGUGUUCAAUUAGACACUGCUAAUCAUUUUGGACUCGGUCAUGUUCUAUCUAUGGAACAAAUCGGUAUCACUAAAGAAAUUAAUGAUAAACAAAAAGUUUUGGUAGAGCCGCAGGAUUCUACGUUACGCAUAAUCGACUGUUUGCAUGGGAGAAUGUUGGAUGAAUUGAGAUACCAAGAGGAAACUUAUUAUGCGGGAUUCAAAAGAUUUCUAAGACUUUUAAAAAAGGCGUGUUACAAACCGACUCCUAUUAGAAAAACAGUGAUAGAAUUACCGAAAAAAUCUUCGAGAUUCAGUAGAACUCCCAGAAAUUCCGUAUUGAAAAUGAUACCGGAAACCAAAACAGAAGUAGACGGUCUGGAACAUUUCACUUGUUCCCCAGAUCAAAUGUUAUAUUUAACGACGUUGGAAUCAGUUUUAAGAGAGGAAUGUUUUGACGAAGCCGCCGAAUGGUUGAUAAAAGUCGUGGGAAAAUUAAUUUACUACGCGAAUAGAAACAUGCAGAGGGCGCUGAUGCAAAAAUCGAUCUCAAAACAUUCGGAUUCCGAUUCGGAUAUCGAUCCUAGCAAAGCGAGUGAACAAGUUUCGAACGCUAUUUCGAAUUUUCACGACGAUACAUUCUCUUAUAUUUGGUCAGAAUACAGAAAUUCUAGAGACUUCUACGAUAUUGAUUCGAAGAGUUUUGAUUCGGGAGAAAGCUUCGAUCUCGGUGUGAGGAAACCAGAUACCAAUGCGAAUCUACCUGGGACAAUAUCAGCAUCUCCGACGAAGAAUGUGAUUCCUCCUUAUUAUAAAUCCUGCGACGAAAUCAUAGGGAAAGGAAGGGCUUUGUACAAAAGGCAUGGAGGAAUAGCAUUUCAAACACAAAAUUAUCCGAAUUGCGCCAACAUUGAAAAAUUUCCUUCGUGCGUCCUGAAUCCCGGAGAAACUUACAGACACACUAUAACGUAUAAAUUCUGGAUACGAUCUGGAAAUCCUAGUAGAUGGAUCAGGAGGACCACUUUGGAUAUAGCCGCGAAAAAAUUGAAGUUGCAACAGCAGUAACUACAACAACAACGACACGAACGAACGAAAUAAAUAUUGUUUUUUAUAAUAAAAAUUUCACUCGUU